UUAGCAGAGACCUUGCCCCUCUCGGGAGAGCGAAGCCCAGUGCUUGCUGAGCAGCGCCCUGAGCCGGCACUUCCCCUCGAGGACCCACUAGGACAAGUGACGCUGACCCAGCUUCACCAUGACCAAGAAAAGGAUCGCUGUAAUUGGAUCAGGAGCAAGUGGGCUCACCUGCAUCAAGUGCUGUCUGGAAGAAGGCUUGGAACCUGUCUGCUUUGAAAGGUCUGAUGACAUCGGAGGACUUUGGAGGUUCCAGGAAAUCCCUGAAGAAGGAAGGGCCAGCAUCUACAAGUCUGUGGUCAUCAACACUUCUAAGGAAAUGAUGUGUUUCAGUGACUACCCCAUCCCAGACCAUUACCCCAACUACAUGCACAACUCCCAGGUCCUCGAGUACUUCAGGAUGUAUGCUAAAGAAUUUGACCUACUAAAAUAUAUCCAGUUCAAGACCACAGUGUGCAAAGUGAAGAAGCAACCUGAUUUCUCUACUUCAGGCCAAUGGAUGGUGACCACUGAAUGUGGAGGGAAAAAGCAGGAAGGUGUCUUCGAUGGAGUCCUGGUUUGCACAGGCCAUCACACAGAUGCUCACCUACCCUUGGAAUGCUUUCCUGGAAUUGAAAAGUUCAAAGGAAAGUACUUUCACAGCCGAGACUAUAAGAACCCAAUAGAAUUCACUGGGAAGAGAGUCAUUGUGAUUGGCAUCGGGAAUUCUGGAGGGGAUCUGGCUGUGGAGAUCAGCCACACAGCCAAGCAGGUCUUCCUCAGUACCAGGAGAGGCACUUGGGUCCUGAAACGCGUGGGGAAACAUGGAUAUCCGAUCGAUAUGCUAAUCUCGUCUCGACUUACCUACUAUUUGUCAAAGAUCUGUGGUUCAACGAUAUUAAAUGGAUAUUUGGAAAGACAGAUGAACCAAAGGUUUAAUCAUGAAAUGUUUGGCCUGAAGCCCAAACACAGAGCUCUGAAUCAGCACCCAACAAUCAACGACGAACUGCCAAACCGCAUCAUCUCUGGCUUGGUGAAGGUGAAAGGGAACGUGAAGGAAUUCACGGAGACAGCUGCCAUUUUUGAGGAUGGCUCCCGGGAGGACGACAUCGAUGCCGUCAUCUUUGCCACGGGCUACACUUUUGCCUUUCCUUUUCUUGAAGAUUCUGUCAGAGUUGUCAAAAACAAGGUGUCCUUGUAUAAAAAAGUCUUCCCGCCUAACCUGGAAAAGCCAACUCUUGCGAUCAUCGGAUUAAUUCAGCCCUUGGGAGCCAUUAUGCCCGUUUCAGAGCUCCAAGGACGCUGGGCCACUCAAGUGUUCAAAGGGCUAAAGCAAUUGCCCUCACAAAGGGAAAUGCUAGAAGACAUAAACAAGAGUCGAGAGGAAAUGGAGAAAAAGUAUGUGGAGAGCCAGCGUCAUACCAUCCAGGGAGACUACAUAGAAACCAUGGAAGAGAUUGCAGAGUUGUUGGGUGUUAGGCCCAACCUUCUGUCUCUGGCCUUCACUGACCCCAGGCUGGCACUGCAAUUGCUACUGGGACCCUGUACUCCUGUCCACUAUCGCCUACAGGGCCCUGGAAAAUGGGCCGGAGCUCGGCAAACUAUUCUUACGACCGAAGAUCGUGUAAGAAAGCCUCUGAUGACGAGAAGGGUUGAAAAGAGCGAUUCUGGGGCUCCACUAAUGACAGUACGUGUCUUCCUGCUAGCUGUUGCUUUCUUUGCUCUACUCCUGGCUUAUUUUUAGAUGUGGUAGUGUUAGUCUGGCUUUCUCUGGAAAGCCUUAUCUAGCAACACCUUCAGAACCUGACAAGACUGAAGACUCAGCUUCCUUCUACUCAGAAAUCACUCUCAACCUAUUUUU